AAAUUUAAAUGGUUCAUUCCUAUAAAUCAUAACAGUCUCCAUCUUCAUUUGAAGUUGACUUGAUUCGAAUUUUACAACUCAAACCAAUCGAUCGACUUUCUUCAUCAUGACUGAAGCUUUUGCCACUUUAUGGGAUACGGCUCAAUGUUACCUUAAAGCUAACUUCUUUUGUCGCUCUCAACGCUGGGAUGCUAGUCAGAUGCCCGACCAAUCUGGUCGUGUUGCGAUUGUGACUGGGGGAAAUACAGGAAUCGGUCUAAUUGCUUGCAUCGAGCUUGCUCGGCGUGGUGCCAAAGUCUAUAUGGCUUCUCGUACCGAGUCACGAGCGAAGACUGCGAUCGCGAAGAUUAAGAAGGAGGUCCCUGAAGCCAAAGUCGAAUUUCUUUACUUUGAUCUUACUAUCUUGUCUUCUGCUAAGAAGGCUGCGGACGAGUUCUUGGCUAAAGAAGAACGACUGGACAUUCUCCUCAAUAAUGCUGGAAUAAUGGCGACUCCCUAUGAGCUUAGUCCUGAUGGCAUCGAGCUUCAAGCUUGUAACGGAACUGGUCAUUUUGCUUUGACCACUCUUCUUUUGCCGAUCUUAAAGAAGACUUCGCAACUCGAUAAUACGCAUGUUCGGAUUGUAAAUCUCUCUAGUUUGGCUCAUAACCAAACCGGAACCCCAUCAUUUACUUCCUUGGAGGGAUUGAAUAAAAAAUGGGGUAGUAACGGCACACGUUACGGGCAGAGCAAAUUGACUAACAUACUGUUGACAAACGAGCUCCAAAAGAGACUUCAAGACACCAACAUAUUUUGCCUCUCUGUCCACCCUGGGGUGGUUGCCACUGAACUCUCAAGGGGGAUUGUGAAAGCCACCCCUGUGAUGGGGCAAUUGAUAUCGGCCUUUUGUACCAACACAUGGAUAUUUGCCACACCUUAUGCAGGAGCGCAAACGUCCUUGUACGCUGCUACAUCCCUCGAAAUUGAACAAAAGAAUUUGAAGGCAGGUUACCUCGUACCCUACGGGCAAGUAGGACGAAAGAGUUUAUUGGCGCAAGAUCCCGAUGGGAAGCUGGGUCAAGAGUUUUGGAACUUAUGUGAAAAAUUGGUAGCUGAUGCAGAAAAUAAAUAGAAUUGUGACUACUUUUUACUUUACUUGCAAUAUUUGUAUGUAGUAUUAUCUAGAAUGUACUCUAGAGUGCCAUCCCAUAUCAUGAAAUCAGGGCUAUCGUGUCUUGAUUCUAGCUU